UUUCUAAUUCCGAACAGAGCGCGUGGGUGGUACUUUGGAAAACAUUGGCCCGAGGUCAUUCAAGCAAAUUCAUGCCUCGAUGAUCCAAAAUAAUACAAGUGUAAAAUAACUAUAUAUAUUUUGAAUGCAGCGGUGCUCACGACUAAUUCUGUAGGAUGUUAGUCAAUAGUAGGCCAAUUAGUAACUAAAUGUAUUACCCCCGGGUAAAGCUAAAGAUCCCCAAAUUAAUUGUCAUGCCCCCGGCCGUUGUGUCUGUACGGGAUGACGCGACUAAGUAUACGUGACCAUUGCAUGCUCGUCAUGAGAAGGCUGACUAGGCUUAACUCAUUCUCGUGAGAAUAUUUUUUGUUUAUCAAUUUAUCAAUUUUGCGCGCCCAUUGUUAAAAAUUGUGCUCUAAGUCAUCAUCAUUGCACAAAGCACAAGCUAUGUAACGCACCCGUUGAGCUUGGCUCGUGGCGUGACUAAUGCAACAAACAUGGCCAGCCCUUCUCCAAUCGACAGCUUCUUCGCAACUUUUACGGGGCUGAAAUCAAUCUUAUACCGAAAUACAUCGCUCCUGGCCAUAAUAAUGUUUCCUCUUACAUAUCAAAUGGUAAUUGUCGGAUUUCUCCUCGAAGAAGAAGCGAAUGGUGUUUGUAACAAGACUGUCAACUGUAUUAUAACCUUCGACUCUGGAGAUCUGACGACUAAUAUCAGUGCCAGACGAGUUUCAAGCGACGGCAAGACUGCUUCAUUCAAUAAAGAAGUUGCUCUUGGCUUGGUACGAUACCUUUGCACGUUACUUGGGGCCUUGGUCCUUGGCCUGGUGGCAGAUACCUAUGGCAGACUUAAAGCUCUGUUUGCUUCGCUUAUUAUUGUUUUCUUGGGAGGGCUGACAAGCGGUUUUACGUUUCAAAAUUGGAUGGUUUUUAACGUUCUACGAGGUUUUGUUGCCUUUGGCAUAGGUGGUGUUGUUCCAAUUAUGUUUGUUCUGGCAGCUGAAUAUGUUAGUCCCAAUCUCCGCGCGAUUAUGAUUUUAAUUAUCUGGACCUCCUCUACCCUGGCUUCGGUGACAUUGGCUGGGAUCGCGUAUAUAAUCGAAAAUCGUGAAUCACUCAUGCUGACCAUGACAUUUCCGUUGUUACUUGCCAUUUUGUUAUUGAGAAUUGUCCCGGAGUCUCCCCGCUGGGCCUUUCUUAAUUCUUCUACCAAAGAUGGAACGAAUGAAGCUCAAGGCCUGCUGGAGCGAUUGGUGAACGAAGAGCAAAGACAGUCUUCAAAGUACCAAAAUUGUUUGACCAUGUGGGGACAUUUUCAUUUCCCCGCGGAGGCGAAAACUAGAGGUAGAUGCUUCACUUUUCUUCGACGCAAAAAACAGCGGAAAAUAACCAUUGUUUUGGGACUAGCAUGGUUUGCUGCAGGAUUGUUGUAUAACGGACUAAACGCAAGUUCCAUUCAGCUACUAAAGGAUUUCUACGCAAAUUACGCAGUGCGAGAGCUUGUUAAUCUCCUGGGAUUUGCUCUUUUUCUCCUCCUAGUCACGUGGACCGGACGCCGAGUCAGCACUGUCAUCUCCAUGAUGUUCGCAGGCGCUUUCUGUUUGAUAUUCUCAGUCUCCUCUAAUGGAUUUAUAAAAGCAGAGCGUGCUGCGGUGGUAGUAGUGAUUCAAUUAACUGGUCGUGUCUGCAUCCAGGCUUCCCAAGCGUCACUUAUUUUAUAUACCAUUGAACUCUUUCCAACGAUUGUCAGGUGCUCCGCCUUUGGACUGAUUAUUAGUAUAGGGUAUUUAGGAGAGGCAUUGUCACCGCUCGUCAUGAUGCUUCAAAAUAUUACGCAUCCUGUAGUACCGCUAGGCGUGAUGGGAUGCUUCUGCUUGACAACAGGCCUGUUAUGUCAUUGUCUUCUUCCUAAAACCAAAGGCACGACCGCAGAAACUUUUGAUGAUGAUUCCGUAAUGUCGCGUUUCCAGGCCGCUUUGUGGAGUCCAAGAGUCUUUCGAAAACAAACGAAAACUGAUGAUGACGAAAGCGGAAUAAACAAUAUUGCAAUGGCAGAAAACAUUAACGAUGUUGAGUGCAGCGACGAAUACGAGGAACUUCGGAAAAGUUGGGAAGUUUCGUUUGAUCGCGUUUCUCUCGCGUCCCCAUGGGAGAUUCUCAGUUACGAAGAUGCCAAACAAAGGUCUAUUUCGUAUGCUGCGUAUCAAUCUCUCAAUGAAGAAUCCCACCUUCUUUCAGAAGAAGACAUUGAUAAGCUAUCCGAUCAUGUCCCAUCAUGCACCUGGGUAUUAGCCUAUAGUACAUUUCAACAUGGUAUGAGUCUCAAGACACUCUAUUAUCGGCUCCGAGAAGUCGACACUCCGGUUCUGUUGGUAGUGAAGGAUGACAAGGGAUUCGUAUUUGGUGUGUUCGCUCCAAUGGCACCGAGGAUGGACUCUAAUUUCCUUGGCGCUGGAAAGUCAUUCUUCUUCGCUUGUAGACCGAAAUACAAGAUCUAUCCAUGCAGUGGAAAAAAUGCCUACUACAUGACAGGAGAUACGUCAGGCCUAGCGUUCGGAUGUAGCGAGGGGACAUUUGGACUUUGGUUGGACAAUGACCUUUAUCGCGGCAGGAGCACUGCGUGUGAGACUUACAACAGCGAGAUGCUCUCGUCCUCAGAGGACUUCUUUUGUGUCGGUGUGGAAGUGUGGACGUUUGCUUAGGUGUUACGUGACAGACUUAUGUCACGUCACAGUCACAGAUGUGCCUGUCACAAUGCCGGUAUCUGUGAAGAUUGAACGAUUAGAUUGUAAAAUAAGAUAUUUCAGAAAUUUUCUCUAUCGUUGGAAUAAUAAUUGUAAAUAACAGAAUUUUUUUUUUUUUUACCUUAUUGGACAUAGGAAAUUAUCGAUUGAUUAAUUUACGAAAUUAGUAAAUGAAUAAUUUUAACAUACCAAUACAAAGUUUAAAAUACAUAAGUUUUACUAAUUAAUUCAUACAUGUAACAUAUUUAUUAUACCAAGAAAUUGUAAAUAACUGAACAGCAGCUGGAAGAAGAUAUCUAUUAUAGAAGCUAUUAAAUUAUAGUGUGUAGAGAUGAUAAAAGAGGAACUAAUAUUUUGAUAUGGCAUACAAAAGAGGUGCUGGAUUAUACACUGAAUAGAGACAAAGUACUCUCUUAUCAUUGUUUCCUUGAUUUCUAAUGAACUGAAGAGAAAAUUAAAUGAAGCAAGCGUCUACAAAUGCCCAAGAGAAGAUAAAGAGUCAGAGACUUAACUCUCAUACAGGCAUUCCUUCUCAAGUUAUUUUUAGAUAUGGUGUUCAGUUCUAUCGCUGAUAAUGUUACCACGCGCGUUGCGUGGUUGAAGAUGCGUGUAAAUCCGUUUGAGCCGUCCACGUAAGAGGCGGAUCAUUAUAUUUUGAGGAGGUGGGAUGGGCCAUUUUCUGGGACAUGAAAUUUUUGACUCAACUUUAGGUUCUGCAGGAUUUGCUUUGGUGGGCGAUAGCUUGUGCAUUAAUGAUAGUAAAUAGCACUUGCUCGAUUUUUUUUUCCCAUGGCUGCCCUUGCACGAUUUUUUGUUAACAGGUUUUGCUGUGCAGGAAUUAAUUUUUUGGAAAUUGCCCACCCCCGCCCCUUCAAACAAACAAUGGUCCGUCCCUAAGUAAAACUCGUGUCAUAGCGUUGGUUAUUUUUUGACCCUGCCUUAAGAGGGAUUCUCUUGGAAAGAAGGUCUUUGUAGGGGAUUAUCUCUCUCACCCAUUAUCUCCUCUUGCUAUUAAACAAUUAGCUUAUGAGCUGGAGAUUUCUAUCGCGUGAUAGUUGACGAGGGCGCAGCCCGAGUCAACCAUUACGCUCAGAAAUUGAGAGCGAAUAAUCUAAUUGGAUAAUCUAAUUGAAUAAUCUAAUUGAA